AUGCGUUUCUCGUCCAUGGUUGCCGUCGCCCUCUUGGCGCUUGGCGAGACUGGGCUCUGUGAUCGCCAAGAAGGGCAGUCAAAGUUGUUCUCUGGUAGUGUCGCCGGCCGCGCCGCGGUCCUCGUGAGACAAGAAGUCGAGAAGCCCACCGUCGAAAAGAGACAAAUCAGCUUCGAAAACGGAGGCAUCAGCAUCGGCGGCGCGGGAGGCCUUCAACUCGGCGGCAAGGGCAAAGGCAAGGGCAACGGCCAGGCCACGGCAGGUCAACCCGGCACCAAUGUCGCGGGUAACCGAACCGCCAAUAACAACGCUGGCCUGACCAUUGGUGGCAUCAACCUCGGAGGUGGCAAUGUCGGGACCACUGGGGGCAAGGCCAACGGAGGAACCGGCAAUAGCGCGUUGGACGCGUUCCUGAACGCGGCCAACGGCAAGAAGAAGAACAACGGCACUGCUAAUGCUGGCGAGGGAGCCGCUGCGCCGGGUAAGGCUGCUGGUGGCGAGGGACAAAAGGCUGGUGCGGGUGCGGGUGCUGCUGCCGGUGGUGGAAAGCAAAAGGGCGAGGGCGGCCCUGGUGCUAACCCCGGUGAAGCUGCCAAGGCUGAGCAGGGACUCGGAGCGAACCCUGGAGAAGCCGCAAAAGCCAAUGAAGCCGCGAAGGAAGCGCAACGGAAGGGUGCCGGAGCCGGGCUCGGGGAGGCCAAGCCGGCCGGUGAAGCUCCGCCUGCAAAUGCUGCCGAGGGAGCCAAACCUGCUAAAGGAGCCGUACCUGCUGAGGGAGCGAAGCCUGCUGAAGGAGCGAAGCCUGCUGAAGGAGCCAAGCCUGCCGAAGGCGCUGCUGAGGGACAACCCAAGGCAGUGAAGGAAUCUGAGCAGUUCAAGGACAAUGCCGGCAUCACUCUCGGUACUGAUGGCCAAGCUCAGAACAUCGGAGGCAAUCUCGGCAUCACAAAGGGAAGCGACGGCAGCACAUCUGUCGGUGGCAAGUCUGGUAUCAACAUCAGCCCUGGUGGUGCUCAAAGACAAGGCAAGGGCAAGGGUAACGGCCAGCAGCAAGCAACGCCACCGCCCGCCGAGGGACAGCCGGCUGCCCAGCCUCCAGCUGCUGCUCCGGAGGCUCAGCCGGCAACGCCUGCGGCUCCGCCUGCUGCCCCCGCUGCUGAAGCGUGA